CUUAGCCAACCCCGCUACCCCCCUGCCUCACCAAGCAAUGGAACGCACCCGGACACAGUGAGCCGAUAGCGCACGACCAUCGGAACACCACCACAAAAAACCCCUCUUGGCCCUCUUCCCUCUCUGCUUUUGAGAAGGUAAUUGUAUGGGAUAGGGGCAAGAGUAUAAUCGCCCUUUAAUACUUUCAUCAAAAUCAAGAUUGGAAGCUUGCUUAGCGAGUGAAGCAAUGGAACUUUCUAAAGGGAAAGGGAAGGCCAUCUGUGUAUCCAAGGGAAAGAAAUCUCUACUGGAUGGUGAUUUGGAAAAAACCGUUAGGUUUCUUCGAGAAAAGAAUGUUGGCGUAGUGAUCCAUGAUGAGCGAGAAUUGAAUCAGAUUUGCAUGCAUGGGGAAAAAGCAAAGGCAAUAGCAAUUUGUGGAGGUAAAGAAAAUGUUGCACCUAAAGUGGCACCUAAUGAUAAUGUUAUAUCAAAGGCCCAAUGCUUACGACGUGAACGAGAGAGAGCAGGAGACUGCAUUCAACAGAGGCGGCCCACAUUCUUUCCGUCUUUAACACCAAGUCGUCGUCGACGUGCAUGCCUAGAACGUGGCUUGAUGGCAACAAAUAUCAAUCAAUUGACUUCUACAUCUAUAGAAAUUCUAGCACCAAAGCGAGCAAUGGUUUCUCAUGCCUUUCAAUCAUCAUCAGUUGUGGUGCUUCCUAAAACACCAAAUUUGAGGGACUAUUCUGCAAUAACUGUGGAUAGUAUGCUAUGUCAUCAUGAAUCCCAUGCACACCAACAUGAGGUAUUGAAUAUUGAAGAAUCUGUAGCUAUGCCGAGCAUUAUCGAAGAAUCUGAUUCUGAAAUAUGUCAUCCUACAAUGCCUCCUCGGAAUCUCGAGGAAGAGUUUCUAGCCGUGGCAACUCCUCCACGGAAUAUUGACGAAGAACUUCUAGCUAUGCCGGACAUAUCUUUAGCUCCAAUUCAUCGGUAAAUUUUUUUCAUUUGUCUUUGAUAUGUUUCUAUUUCUAUACCUUUUUUUGUCUGUUUUUACUUCACGUUUGUGUUAACAUGUAUAUGUAGGCUACCUCCUGGAAAUCAAUCUAUUUUUUCAUUUGUCUUUGAUAUGUUUCAAU